CACCCGGAGGAGCUCACCGGUGUCCUCUUCAAGACUCUGGCUCCGACAGUACUUACACUCUCUUCCACACACUCUACUGUCUCUCUCUCCCCCCCCCCCACCUUUGCGUGGAUACGGUGGCGUUACUGCUGCACCCUAAAACCCUCAUCUUCCCUAGGUAAACCAAGAUGGGUAAGGAGAAGGUUCACAUUAACAUCGUGGUCAUCGGCCAUGUCGACUCCGGAAAGUCGACGACCACUGGUCACCUUAUUUACAAGUUGGGAGGUAUCGACAAGCGUGUCAUCGAGCGUUUCGAGAAGGAAGCUGCUGAGAUGAACAAGCGUUCCUUCAAGUACGCGUGGGUGUUGGACAAGCUGAAGGCCGAGCGAGAGCGUGGUAUCACUAUUGAUAUUGCGUUGUGGAAGUUCGAGACCGUGAAGUACUACUGCACUGUCAUCGACGCCCCUGGACAUCGUGAUUUCAUCAAGAACAUGAUUACGGGAACCUCGCAGGCUGAUUGUGCGGUGCUCAUCAUUGAUUCGACGACCGGAGGUUUUGAGGCCGGUAUCUCGAAGGAUGGUCAGACUAGGGAGCACGCGUUGUUGGCUUUCACUUUGGGAGUCAAGCAGAUGAUCUGCUGUUGCAACAAGAUGGACGCAACCACCCCGAAGUACUCCAGUGCACGUUAUGAAGAGAUUGUCAAGGAGGUGUCUUCCUACCUGAAGAAGGUUGGAUACAACCCUGAUAAGAUUCCAUUCGUUCCCAUCUCUGGGUUCGAGGGUGACAACAUGAUUGAGAGGUCGACAAACCUAUCCUGGUACAAGGGGCCCACUCUCUUGGAGGCGCUCGACAAUGUGUCAGAACCCAAAAGGCCGUCUGACAAGCCCCUUAGGUUGCCGUUACAAGAUGUGUACAAGAUAGGAGGAAUUGGAACUGUGCCUGUGGGUCGUGUGGAGACUGGAAUCAUCAGGCCCGGUAUGUUGGUUUGCUUCGCACCCACUGGACUGACGACGGAGGUGAAGUCCGUGGAGAUGCACCACGAGUCGAUGCCUGAGGCGCACCCAGGUGACAACGUUGGGUUCAACGUGAAGAAUGUGGCGGUGAAGGACCUUAAGAGAGGGUACGUGGCUUCGGAUUCGAAGAACGAUCCAGCGAAGGAGGCUGCGAACUUCACAGCCCAGGUUAUCAUCAUGAACCACCCAGGCCAGAUCGGCAACGGGUACGCUCCAGUGCUGGACUGCCACACAUCUCACAUUGCGGUUAAGUUCGCAGAGAUCUUGACCAAGGUGGACAGGCGAUCAGGUAAGGAGCUGGAGAAGGAGCCCAAGUUUUUGAAGAACGGAGACGCAGGGUUCGUGAAGAUGAUUCCGACCAAGCCCAUGACCGUGGAGACCUUUUCUGAGUACCCUCCUUUGGGUCGUUUCGCGGUGCGCGACAUGAGACAGACUGUGGCCGUUGGUGUUAUCAAGGCCGUGGAGAAGAAGGAGCCAACUGGUGCCAAGGUGACCAAGGCUGCCGCGAAGAAGAAGUGAAUAGUAUUUGCAUGGUGGUUUGUGGUGAAUUCGCUAGGACUUGGCUGUAAUGAUCAGUGGGUAGAAGUGACUAGUUCAUGUUUUUGUUCGAUGCGCUGGGUGGAAGCGCGGCAGAGGCAGAGUUGGGUACUUGAUAGAAGGUGGCGAGGUGAAAUGUAUGAUUCUCAGUUAAUCUUAUAAUGUGAUCGCACUUAAGCGCACAUUGCUUCAUUGCUC